AAAUCAACCGUGCUCUCGAUUCAUACAACAACAGAUACUAUGUUUAAUGAGCAAUAUAAAAUAAUCACUUGUAAUUGGCUAACUAAAGAUUUCGAGCUUCAUAAAAUUCUACUGCUUGUAAAACCUGAUUCAUUAUAUGAAGAUAUUAUUGAAGCAUUAUUAAAGGAUUUGGAAGAAGAAAAAUAUCAAAACUUUUCACAAACUCUUAUAACAUUGCAUGAUAAUGGAGCUAACAAUAAUGGACAUUUGAAAUGUUUAAUACAAGACAGUUUACAAGAAUGGGCUAUAAAAAGCGUUAUUUCCCAAGAAACGUCCGAAAUUAUCGUAGCUGUUGAGAAUGCUACCAAUAAUCUUUGCAGUGUUGUGGAAUUUUUAAAAAAUAUAGAAGUACAAAUAGAAAUACAAAAUAUGCAAACAAUAUUUAGUGAUUCAACAAUUAUUGAUAUCCAAAAUGCAGAAAAAAUCAGUUGUCGUAAUUAUACUUUGAGUGGCGGUUGCAUUUAUCACAAAAUAGCAUUUCUUAAAUUAAUGGAGAAACCUUUUAUACAACUAGUUAAUAAUUACAAUAGUUAUGUAAACGCUUAUAUCAGAAAAAAAGGAGAAGAGUUUAAGGAACUUAUACUAGAUUCUUUACCAUUUGGCAUAUUUUCUAAUUUAUUGCAACUAUUUGAACCUUUAGAGCAUAUAACAUGCAGUGAUUGUGAAAUAUCUAGGGAAAAGUUUAUAGGUUUAAUAGCCAAAAUUGGUAUUAAUGCAGAUAAUAUGCUAAGAGAGCUUCAGUUUAGUGACAAUUUAGAACACAAAAUCCUUAAAUCGUUUCUGACAUCAAUUUCUUCAUUAGAUAAUGGUACAGAUGCUAUGCAGCUAUGCAAGAGUUUAAUCGCUAAGCCGCUAGCUUUAUUUUUAGAUCCACGUCCUAAGCCUGAUGAGGUUUCAACUGCGACUAUAGAAUACGCGCUAAAAAAAUGCCAAUCGUAUUAUUUAGAAAAUAUUUUUUCAGACAGUAUGGAUAAAUCAAUACAAGCAGCAAAUAAAGAACUGGAAUGUUAUACUAAUCGUCCACAACUAUCUUUAGAUGGUGAUAUUAAUCCGUAUGAGUGGUGGCAAGGUUCAAAAAAAAUGCUUCCUGGAUUAGCUGCUCUUGCGAGAGAAUAUUUGCCUACACUAACGGUGGAUAAAGAAGUUCCAAUAAACAAUCUGGAUAAACUUUUAAGAACUUAUAAUAACGAAGAUAUGGCAGAAAAAAUAGCAUUUUUACAAUAUAAUAUGAA